GGAAGGGGAAAUGAAUAACCGAGUCCUCUUGCUUGUAGUUGGCACCACCAUUCGCACUAAUCGCUGCUUCUUCCCACACCGCUUCUUCACUUGCAGGACCAUUCAUAUGGAAACCCAUAAGGUUGAGGUGGUGGUGGCCGACCCUCACCUGUUGGAUGCCAAAGUUGCCGCUAUUCGGAAUGCGGGUCCCCCCAAACUUAAGGUUAUAGCAGAUUUUGAUGCCACACUGACCAAGUACAGGGUCAAUGGCUGUCGGGGACAAAGCAGUCAUGGUCUUUUGCAACAGGAGAAUCCUGAAUAUGAUAACAAGAGGCGUCAGUUAUACGAAUACUAUCAUCCGUUAGAGUUUUCCCCAACUAUUCCAAUUCAGCAGAAAACUCUGCUUAUGGAAGAAUGGUGGGGAAAAACUCAUUCUCUUUUGGUUGAAGGAGGCGUUACGUAUGAUGGGAUAAAGCAAUCUGUUGCUGAUUCAGCAAUCUCUUUUAGGGAGGGUGUUGUUGAAUUAUUUGAGUUUUUAGAGAAAAGAGACAUUCCCGUUCUUAUAUUUUCUGCAGGACUUGCGGAUAUCAUUGAGGAGGUCCUGAGGCAGAAAGUUCACAGAUUAUUCAAAAAUGUGAAGAUCGUCUCCAACAGGAUGGUCUUUGAUGAAAACGGCCGCCUUGUAUCUUUUAAAGGGAAGACGAUACAUAGUCUGAAUAAAAAUGAGCAUGCUCUUGAUAUGGCUGCUCCACUUCAUGAGCAAUUAGGUGAUUCAGACGGACCAACUUAUGAGAAUGUGUUAGUCAAGACAAGAAGAAAUAUUAUUCUUUUGGGUGAUCAUAUUGGUGACCUGGGGAUGUCUGAUGGUUUGAACUAUGAGAAUAGAAUUUCCGUGGGAUUUCUGAAUGACAAUGUUAAGAAUUCCAUUGAUAGUUACAGCAAAGCCUUUGAUGUUGUUUACCUGAAUGAUGCACCCAUGUGGGGAGUAGUAAAGCUUGUUUCAGAACUAUGUCCUGGAGAUGAUUGA